AUGGCCGGCAAGCUCCUCCACCUCCUGCCCCUCGUGGCCUACACCUCAGCAUCAACGCUCUACUCAACAUACAAAUUCAACCCCCUGGAGCAUCUCGGCGGCAUCGCACCGUACUUCGAGCCCCAAGACCCCCCGGCAUCCCCCGACGCGCCCCAGGGCUGCACCGCAUCCCGCGCCGCCUACCUCGUCCGCCAUGCCGCCAUCUACGCCAACGACUUCGACUUUGAGGAGUACAUCGAGCCCUUCCUCGAGAAGCUCGGCAACAAGACCAGCCUCGACUGGUCCAAGGUCCCCUCCCUCAGCUUCCUCGCCGACUGGGACGCCCCCGUCUCCGAGGCCGAGACCUCCAUCCUCACCCGCGUCGGCCGCCUCGAGGCCACCCAGCUCGGCGUCGACCUCGAGUUCCGCUACCCCAACCUCAAGCUCCCUCAGCGCGUCUGGACCUCCUCCGCCGAGCGCACCUACAAGUCCGCCCAGUCCCUCGUGCGCGGCCUCGAGAUCGACGACGACACCAUGAACGUCGUCUCCAUCUACGAAAGCAAGGAGUCCGGCGCCGACAGCCUGACCCCCUACAAGGCCUGUCCGGCCUACUCCUCCUCCGCCGGCAGCGAGCAGUCCGGGAAAUUCCAGGAAAAGUUCGCGACCCCCAUCACGAAGCGCCUCAACGCCCUCGCGUCCGACUUCAACUUCACCGUCAACGACGUCUUCGGCAUGCAGCAGCUGUGCGGCUACGAGACCGUCAUCCGCGGCCGCUCCCCCUUCUGCGACCUCGACCUCUUCACGCCCGACGACUGGCUCGGCUGGGAGUACACCGAGGACAUCCGCUACCACUACAACGUCGGCUACGGCAACAACGUCGCCCCCUACGUCGGCAUGCCCUGGCUCAACGCCACCGCGAACCUGCUCAUGGGCGACGCCGCCGACGAGGACCUGUACGUGAGCUUCACCCACCGCGAGAUGCCGCCCAUGGUCCUCGUCGCGAUGGGGCUCUUCAACAACUCGGAGCCCGGCUUCGGCGCCGCGGCCGACAUCAACGCGACCUUCCCCCUCGACAGGAUCAACUACCGCCGCGCGUGGCGCAGCUCCAACAUCCUGUCGUUCCUGAGCAACAUCGCGAUCGAGAGGUUGAACUGCACCGGCAGCUACGGGUACGAGGACGGGGAGUACUACCGCGUGCUGGUGAACAGCUCGCCGCAGCCGCUGCCGGAUUGCGCGGACGGGCCCGGCACGACGUGCUCGCGCAGCGGGUUUGAGACGUACAUCCAGGACCGCGUGGAGAGGUUUACCGGGUUCUCGGAGAAGUGCGGCGUGGAGUAUGAUAACAGCACUGAUGUCAUGUCGAUAUAUCAGGAUAAGUCUGUUGGAAAUGGGACGACGGUCGGUAAGAGGUACACGGCCACGUUCCAGUAA